AUGCCACCAACCCAUUCUCAUUCAAUUGCUCAAUAUGCCAAUUUUUCUCAAACUAUUCAAAUGCUUGUUGAUAUGGGUGUGGAUUUAUUUGAGUCCACACAAUAUGAUCCUCGUCUCGGCCAAGCACUUGUCCGUCUAGAUUGGGAACGUGAUGUCAAACCAAAAAUUUAUUGGUUACAUAAAAGUAUUGGGUUUUCACCUGAUGAUUUGGCUAAUUAUUUAUCUCGCAAUCCUUAUUUUUUGUUACAAAAGCAGGAACAUUUAAAUGCUCAUCUAAAUUACUUAAAUUAUCGCCGGUUUACAUUUCCUCAAAUACGAAAAAUUGUAUUAGAAUCGAGAUAUUGGCUUAAUGAUUCAGUUGAAAGGCUUGAUGCCCGUUUGGGUUGGUUACACAGACAAUUUCUACUUCCUUCUAAACAAUUGAGGCUUGUUGUAGUUAAAGAACCCAAAAUUAUUGCAUUUGGAAUUGGCCGAAUUUCUGGAAUUGUUCGUUCAUUAAAUAUUCAAUGUGGAUUUUCUCAAAAAGAUUUACGUUUAAUGCUUGUAGCAGAUCCCCGUUUAUUUAUUUGUGAUAUAAAUAGAAUGCUUGUUUCUUAUAAUUAUUUGGCUUAUGUUAUGAAAAUAGAAAAUGAACAAAUUGGUUUGGGUUUUUAA